UGGAGCUCGGCGGCGUCUCCCGCGCGUUACCCGCGGGCCGCGGAGUUGGCGGCGCUUCCCGAAGUUUUUCCAGAGCCGCGGGAUGGCGGGCGCCGCUCACUGCUCUCUGCAGGCAAAGCGCCUGCUCCUGGACCCCAAGUUCGAGGGGUACAAGCUGUCGCUGGAGCCGCUGGCCUGCUACCAGCUGGGGCUGGACGCGGCUGUAGCAGAAGUGCAACUUCAUGAUGAUCAAUAUACCCUUGACCACAUGCGUGCUUUUGGCAUGUAUAAUUAUCUUCACCUUGAUUCCUGGUACCAGGAUAAUGUCUACUAUGUUGAUCAGUUUGGAAGGAUUAUGAAUCUGUCAGUGACUCUGGACACUGCUCUACAAAAACCAAGAGAAGUUUUCAGGCUGCCUUCAGACUUGACUGCGUGUGAUAAUCGCCUUUGUGCCUCGAUACACUUCUCAUCCCCCACACAGGUGACCCUUUCUGAUGGUACAGGAAGACUGUAUUUAAUUAAAUCAGGCAAACGUGGAAACAGUGCAUCUGAAAAGUGGGAGAUUAUGUUUAAUGAAGAACUAGGAAGUCCAUUUAUUAUAGCACACAGUGUUUCAUUUGUAAAAUCUGAUACAAAUUCACUAGCUGUGCUGCUGCUUAGGGUAGAAAAAGAUGAAUUGGACACAAAAGGAAGUGGAUUUCAUGUUACCUUGGAAUGGGUUACGAUUGCAGAGAUAAGCAAAGAGGGUGUUCAUAAAUAUGAAAUCAUUAAAAGGAGAGUUUUACAAGGAAAAUCAGUCCCCCAUUAUGCAGCAAUAGAGCAAAGUGGAGGUGGUCUAAUGAUUGUUUCCCACAAACCAUUCAAAUUUAUGGAAAGUGAAAGUGACAAAUUAGAAGAAAAUGAUGAUACAAAAAUAUUAAAUGAAAAGAAAGACCCUCUUUAUUACUGGCAGCAGACCGAAGAUGAUGUGACCAUAACAGUUCAUCUGCCUCAAGACAUCACUAAAGAUGACAUAAAAGUGCAUUUUUCUCCUGAUAACAUAUGUGUUACGCUGAGAGACCAACCUCCUUUAAUGGAAGGAAAACUCUAUUCAUCUGUGGACCAUGAAAGCUGCACCUGGAUAAUUAGAGAGAACAAAAGUUUGGAAAUUUCUCUAAUUAAGAAAAAUGAGGGAUCCCGGUGGCCAGAGCUAAUAGUUGGUGACACAAGAGGGGAAUUCAUUAUGGACCCUUCCCAAUGCUCCGAAAUAGCUGAAAGCCUGAUGCAUCUGACUUCUGAAGUAAUGAAUCCAAACCCUGAAAAGGAAAAACCACCUUGUAAUGCUCAGGAAUUAGAAGAAUGUGAUGCUUUUCUUGAAGAUGGCGCAAGUUUGUGCAGAUUUGAUGGCGAUACCUUGAAAGUUACUCAUAUAAUUAAUCUUGGAAGCAACCCGUAUCUUUUCUCAGUUGUUGUGAAUCCCAGAGAAAUGCCAUGCUUCUGCCUGAGACACGAUGUUGAUGCUCUUCUCUGGCAACCUCACUCUGACCAACCAGAGAACAUGUGGGAACACAUUGCAACUUUUAAUGCUUUAGGUUAUGUCCAAGCAUCAAAGCAAGACAAGAAGUUCAUGGCUUGUGCUCCAGAUUACUCCUACGCUGCUCUUUGCGAGUGCUUGCGACGAGUUUUCAUCUAUCGUCAGCCGACUCCUCUGGCCACAGUUCUCUACAACAGGAAGGAAGGAAGACAAGUAGGACAGGUUGCUAAGCAGCUAGUAGCAACCCUGGAAUCAAAUGAUCCUAUCUUAGGCUUUCAAGCUACAAAUGAGAGAUUAUUUGUUCUCACAACAAAAACCUUGUUUUUAAUAAAGGUGAACUCUGGAAAUUAAUUAUUCAGUGUGCUCUGCUGUAGUUUGUGUUAACAAUUUGUUGUAGAACUGGAUAGGUAGAUGAUCUGACAAGUUCAGUGCAAUUUGCUGAAAUUCAAAAAGGGGAUGUUUUACAGGGGAAUCAAACUUUUUCAUUAGAAUAUGUCUGUAAGAUAGCGACAAAGUUUUUUGACUUUGCUGCCACUGAAAUAAGCUUUUUCAGAGCUAUGGGAAAGUGUCUUCUGCAUCAACAGCUUUGUCAAAGCAGUUGUCAGAGGCUGCUACUGCACAUGUGAAUAGAUUUAUGCAUUGUUUGUUCCAAAUGACUUUGUUUGACAUAAUUCUGAAUUUUGAGAAUUCACUUCUGUUUUUAAAUGCCACUGUUUACCUAUGAAAAAAGUGGCAUAAAGAGUUACAAGUGUAUGAUGUGCAAAGUAGAAUGUAUCAUUAAAAAAAAAAAUCCCCAAUUCAAAUACUCUUGACCAAAAACUUUUGAUAUUUUGACAUUCAGUAGUAUUGAGUAAAAUGUGAAUGAAAUUAAUGGAGUGUUAUGUAUCUUAUACAGGUACUUAAGUGGAGCAAUUUCAUGGCAUAUGCACAUUUUAGAUUAUUGGUUUGGGACUUACUUAUGCUUGCAGUGCAAUCUGUUCAUAUUUUAAGAGACACUAGAAUACCUUCUAGUAGCUUUUUCCAGAAGCAAAGUAAGAGUCAAAGUAUAGCUGGCAAAUACACAUUGAAUGCUAUUAGUUAAGGUCUGGUUAUACUCUCAGUUGUGCCAUUUUCAUUUGACUUUGUACUUCAUCUCAAGUGACUAAUUUACAAUGAGAAAAUGGCUGACAGAAAAAGCACCAAUAUUGUAAAAAGCACUGGUAUUGUAACCUGGGAUGGGAAACUCAGAAGUGCUACUUCUGCCUCUGAUCCCACUGUAAAUGCUGUGUUACCAUUCUGUCUGUGAUGCUCAAGUCCAGGUGUGGUAUAUUUGCAACAUAAGAGUACUCAGGCCAGUGAGGAUGCUUUGGUUUGACAAACAGCUGUGGUUGAGUUGAAUAGUUGUGUCUGAAGAUUUUUGGUUUUGUUUUUUUUUUUUCUUUAGAUUGGCAUUGUCAAUACAUUUAAACCAAAGGGUCAGUUGUGACAGCUUCACCCUGGGUUGGGUUUUUUUUCAUAGUUUGUUUAAAACUCCAUAACAAAGAAUGCCUAAUAUAUUGUGUACUGGCAGGAAAGCUGCUGUUAUCUGUGGUACCAAAGUACUGAGAGAGUCACAAAUACAAGUGGCCUUCUAGUUUGCAUCUCUCUUCUGAUAUCAUUUCAGAACUCUGUUAAGAGUAUUGAGAGAAAAAUAAGUGUUUCUUUAGUUGUGAUUGUUUUUACUCUCCUGUAAAUUUUCCAGACUUGUAUUGGUGAACUGAUUAAAUAAUGAGUGAGAAUUUAAGAGGGAGGCAAGCAGUUGUACCUUGCAAAAACCCUUGCAGAAACUUUCCAAGGAACCUGAUUUUCCUUCUCCUUACAGCAGCGUUAUGUCAUAUAUCUAAUAUUGAAAAGUUUUUCCUUGCUCUUUUAAAACUAUCUUGGAAAUGCUUUUUCAAAAGGCUUAGUGAAUGUAUUACCAUUUCAUGACUGUUUUGCAUCUAAAUUUUAAUUGUUGGGCAAUAAUGUCAAACAAGGUGGUAGAAUUCCAGCAGAGGUCCUGUAGAAAAGAUUUGAUAUAGCUUAUUACUUUGCAGCAUAAAGUGCUUUUACAUGUAUAUGAAUAUUACUUAGUAACCUGAGAUUUAAUCAUUGUGAACACGGAGUUAAGAACGUGAUAUUUGGGAAAUGGAGGAGUGAAGGAUUCAUAGCCACCAUGAUUUUGUCACCUUGGGUCUACUGCAGGAAGCUUCAAUAUAGAUGAGAAUUUUAGCUUUGUCAAAUUCAUCUUGCUGUGAGGUAGAUAUCUGGAAACAUGCUCUGCUGUCUCAGGCAACAGUGGAAACAAAUAAAAUGGUUACCUCUUCAGAGGCUAUAUUACAAUAUGUAAUGACUAAAACUCACAUUCUGCCCAAAUGUGUCCAUUGCAAGGGAGUUCUUGUUUACUCUGGAAACAACUGAACAUCCCUUUUUCCAUGUUACUCAUCUGUUUGCAAUCAUGGUGUUCUCAAAAGGGAUGUAUUAAAUACUCUCUCUCUUAUUUUGCUUUCUAUGAGAGUUAAGGAUAUUUUAUUAUUUAAAAGAUUUGUUAUCUUGAGGAACCUGGCAUGCUGUUACAGGGCAAUCCCAAGCACAAAAGCAGGGUGGGCAGGAAAUGGAUUGAGAGCAGCCCUGGAGAGAAGGACUUGGGGGUGUUGGUGGGUGAGAGGCUGGACAUGUGCUGGCAAUGUGCGCUUACAGACCAGAAAGCCAAACGUCCUGGGCUGCAUGACAGGAAGCAUGACCAGCAGACUGAGGGAGGUGAUUCUGCCCUGGUGAAACCAGGUGAAAAUGUGAAACCAGCUGCCCUGGUGAAACCCCACCUGGAGUGCUGUGUUCAGCUCUGGGCUCCCCAACAUAA